UCUUCUGUGAACAACUCACAGAGAUUGUUCCUCACAAGGCGGAAUUCUUCAAUAUUAGCUACUUCCUCAAUUUUAUCUUCUUUUCUACAUUUGGCGUCUUUUCAGUUGGCAAAUGCUCGAGUAGAAGAAGAAACACCUCAGUGCCAAGAAGAACGAGUCGUUCAGGUAUUCGAAGAGGCUUCUGCUUCGGUGGUUUUUAUUAAGGACCUUGAAUUAGCUAAGACCUCGUCAGGCAGAAGCACAAAUAAUGAAGAAGUUCUUACGAAAGAAGAAGAGGAAACUGCGAAAGUCGAAGGGACUGGUUCUGGUUUCAUAUGGGAUAAAAGUGGACACAAAGUGACCAAUUAUCAUGUCAUAGCUAAGUUGGCAACUGAUACGACUGGACUUCAGCGUUGCAAGGUAUUUCUUGAAAAUGCACACAGGGAAAAGUUCUCCAAGGAAGGCAAACUUGUUGGUUUUGAUCCCACGUAUGAUUUGGCGGUUUUAAAGAUCGAUGUCGCAGAAGGAAAUUUCGAUCUCAAACCUGCUCUUCUUGGUACCUCUGGUGAUUUAUGUCGUAUCACCAGAGGUACCAAGAAGAGCAGGUACCAAAGUUCAGUAUCCUUCUGUCAUCUGUUUUAAGAGAUUCCCAACAUAUCAUAAGAUUCCCGUUCUUGGAAAUCCGCACUUUUCCAAAUCCAAAAAACAGAUGGAAUUCUAGGAUUUAUCCUUGGGGCAAAUACUUUUAUGCAUAC